AUGAGCACUAAAGUCGUCUGCUUCGACGACAAUGUUAUCGGUCGUAGCGCAGUUGCGCAGUCCGCGCAGCAAGACUACGAAAUGUACAAGAUACAUCGAGAAGGCGAAAAGGAAAAGGAGAAAUUAAAGGAUAAGAAAGGUGAUAAGAAGAACGAUAAACUAACGAAUAUUGAUGAAGAUGAUGAACAAGCGAAGGUCACAGUUGUUCCAAUCGAGGACAACGAAGAAAACCGACGAUUGGAGCGCAAAAAACGAUCACAAGAGGAUAUGGUCGCGGAUUUUGUGAAGAUUCUCGAACAAAUGAUGAACCCGCGUCAAGCUGUCACGUCGUUCGUAUCGGCGGCAACAGGAUUGGCAGCAAUUACCGUCGGAGCAGUAUACGUGAAUCGGGUUCCAGAAUCAGCUAUCAACGCAAAGAAGCUUGUUGUCAUUCUAAUCAUAUAUGGUGUGCUACAAAUCUUGUUAGCUACCGCAUUUUUCGUCACAUGCAUGCAAACGUCAAUCGCUGUUUCCAAAGGUGUCAAGAAUGCGUUUCAAAUCGUUGUUGGUCUGAUGGUGGCACUUGUUUACGUUGGAAUAUCGCUGGUCUCCAUGGUUGUUGGGGUGUAUGGUUUCUACAAAACGUUGGCACUGGUUAGCUAUGUCGAAUACGUGGAUACGAAAUCUUUGACGUAUUGUCCGCAGGCUCUUUUCUACACAUCACUUAUUGUUUUCAUACUACACAUCAUUCUUAUAGUCACUAAAUGUUGUUGUUGUAAAUAA